UGGGGUAUUUGAUUAGAAAAUAGAAAAUGCUAAAAGGAGAAAUACAUAAGAAGCUGUGAAGGAUUAACUAAUAAAUUUCUUGUUCCAGUUUAAUUUCAGUACAUUUAUGUGUGAAGAAGUGGUUCCUACUGUUAUAGCUAAGGUGGCGGGCGGCACUUCGUAUAUAUCAGUGACUGAAAUUCAGACGACUAUGUUGAUCUCUCACAUAUGUGUCAUGAUAUAUACAGCAUUAGAAUAAUAAUGCUAAAGAAUUUACACGAGAAAAGCAUAUUUUCGCCAACUUUGAAAAUAGCAUUUGCUCCACGGGCCAAAAGUUCACAUUAGCAGCUAUCCCACCCAUUGCCUGGCAAUCGUGGCGAUCGUGUUGAAUGAAAAGAUAUUUGGGAUACACAAGGCCAAAAGAUCUACAUACGAAUAUAAACAAAGUCUAAAAUAUUUAUAUUGCUCCAACAACUCAUUGUAAUAAGGUGAAAUAUUAGUUCAUCGUCAGAUUUCCUAAAAAAGCAAACUUGAAAUGGCAUAUCAGCGUAAACAGGUUAAGGAAAAUUCUAAUCUACUUGGUCAAAAUACUGAAAAUGGCACUUCAAUAAAUGAAAACGAAGAUACAACGUCCUUACUAAAUGGCAAAGCUAAAACUUUAACUGCCAAUUUGACCCAACGCACAUCUACUGGUACAUUCAUGAAAUUGAAAACAUAUUUACAUGCACUGCGUCCAUGGUCAUUAUCAGGCAGCUUGGUGCCAACGUUGAUGGGUUCAGCGUUGGCAUAUCGUUCUCAAUGGGCAGCCGAUUUUAGCCUAAUAACAUUUUUUCUAACCGCCUUCACUGUAGUCACAGUACAUUGCGCUGGAAAUGUGGUGAAUACAUAUUUUGAUUUCAUCAAGGGAAUCGACAAGCAAAAGGCCGACGAUCGCACACUCGUAGAUCACAUACUUACGAAGGAUGAGGUUGUCUCAUUGGGAGCAAUUUUGUACAUGGCUGGUUGCGGCGGCUUCAUCUGCUUAGCCUUUCUGAGUCCAGCUAAAAUGGAACACCUGGCGUUAAUUUAUUUCGGCGGUCUAUCGUCCAGUUUUCUUUACACUGGUGGAAUUGGUUUCAAAUAUAUUGCCCUUGGAGAUGUUGUAAUUUUGAUACUCUUCGGACCAUUGUCAGUAUUGUUUGCGUUUAUGUCACAAACAGGUCAUGUGGACUGGACCACAAUAUACUAUGCUAUUCCUCUGGCACUAAAUGCCGAGGCUAUACUACAUAGUAAUAAUACUCGCGACGCUGAAAAUGACCGUAAAGCAGGGAUUGUGACGUUAGCAAUAGUCAUCGGACGCACUGCAUCGCAUGUUUUAUAUGCAUUGUUGCUAUUUACGCCGUACAGCGUAUUUGUAGUAUACGGUUUGAACUAUUCGCUAUGGUUUUUAUUGCCGCUCAUAACUGUUCCGCAAGCAUUUCAAAUCGAGAAACGUUUUCGUAAUGAACAAACAAUGAGUUCUGUGCCACGGCAGACGGCAAAAUUAAACUUUUUUUUUCGGGGUGCUUUUCAUAGUGGCGAUAUGCUGUGCUAAACAACUACCCGACUUCAGUUACCGCAGACAUUAGAAUGAUAACUUUCAUAUUCAUACCAGUAGGGAACAAUAACUUUCAUUUAAUGAUAGAAUUGACCAUGUCAUACGAUAAUACAUACUUACGUAAAUAUACACGAUUUUUAACGCUUCCCAUACUUAUGACAAAUGAAAAUAUAUGAGAGGGAAAUAUUGGAGUUAAGUCACAGAAACAAUAUACUCUUUACAGUAAAUUAUGUAUAUGUAGUGCUUAGAUAAAACUAAAAAAUCUAUCAAUAAAAUAUAAAAUCAUGAUAAUGCAGCUUUUACAAAAACUAAAUCUGAACUUUCAUCUAAAAUAGCUUAAGUCGAAACCCAUUUUGUAACAAAUAAAAAAUAUUUAAAAU